AUGACACAACAAUUCUCCGGCCGCGUCAUACUUCUUACGGGCGCAGCAUCCGGCAUCGGCCUCGCGACGGCCCAUCUACUUGCCUCACGCGGUGCCAAUAUAUCCAUUGCAGAUGCGAAUGUGGAAGGUCUGGACAAGGCUGAGAAAGAGAUUAGAGCGAGAUGGCCUGGAGCCGGGGUGCUGCCGUACGUGGUGGAUGUGAGGGACGAGGAAAGCGUGAAGAGGUGGGUGGAGACGACGAAGGGGUAUGGGGAGGGUGGAUGGCGCGGCGAAUGUAAAUCAAUCGGCGUAAAGACCAUCGCAGAGCAGGACAUUUCAGAGUGGGACUUCAUCAUGGAUAUCAACCUCAAGGGCGUCAUGAUCUGCAUGAAGCACCAACUACAGCACAUGUCCGACAACGGAUCUAUCGUCAAUGCGUCCAGUAUAGCGGGCCUUCAAGGACGCCCAAGAAACGCGGCGUAUGCCGCAAGUAAGCAUGGAGUUAUCGGGUUGACGAAAAGUGCGGCCAAAGAGUUUGGAGAGAGGGGGAUAAGGGUGAAUGCUGUCUGUCCCGGCAUGAUCGACACGCCGAUGAGCCAGGCCGCGAGGAUUCCGGUCAAGGACACGAAAGAUGAGGCGUUGAGCGAGGCAGGGCGUGUGGCGCUUAGGAGGAAGGGAAAGGCGGAUGAGGUGGCGGAAUUGAUUGUUUAUCUGUUGAGUGAUGGUGCGAGUUACAUUACGGGAAACGCGGUUAGUGUGGAUGGAGGGUGGCAGUGUUGA